CUUUUGUGCGCAUCAUCAUUUCCCAGCAUUUCUCUUCUCUCGCUCUCUGCUCCACACCAGACAGUCCAGCUCGACUUCGCAUCACAAUGACCUUCAGACUGUACGGCUGAAGAGAAUCUCGACUUUUUAUUUAUUAUUAUUAUUAUUAUUAUUUUUCUUCACCCUGAGGACAAACGGAGCUCUGCGCUGCAUCACUGCGGAACGCGGCUGCUGACAGGUUUCCUCACCGCAAUGGCGAAAACAAUCUCCACGUCCAACACAAUAACAGGUGAAAAGACGUCACCUCCACCCAUCUGUCUGCUUCCUGACAAGAAAUCUCAGAGCAACACUCACAGCUCUCCUGCCCGAGCUGCAAAAACUGUGUCAACAAAUACAGAGAAGAAACUGCAGAUAAAUGGACAACCAUCCCCUUCACACGUACCAGCAAACAUCAGCAACAACCAUGCAGGUAAACCAAUUGUGGAAGGUUAUCUGAAGACAGAUGACAGGAUGCGUUUAGCCAAAGAGAGGCGUGAAGAGAGGGAGAGAAGCCUUGCGGCCAGGGAGCAGCAGAUUAGGGAGAAGGAGCGCCGGGCUCAGCUGCAGUACGAACGCACAGUGGAGGAACGGUGGAGGCGGCUGGAGGAGCAAAGACAGAAAGAGGACCUCCGCAGAGCCGCGGUGGAGGAGAAGAGAAGGCAGAAGCUUGAAGAAGAAAGGGAGCGGCUGGAGGCCCUGAUGAAGCGUUCACUGGAGCGCAGUCUUCAGCUGGAACAGAGACCCAAAUGGUGGAAUAGGGGCUACCCAACAGGAGCAGGUGACAGUGAGAAUGCCCCAUCCCCUUUCUCUGCUGCCUCCCCCCUUCCUGCUGCCAUCGAAUCUGCACCCUGCAGUCCCCACAGACUACCUUUCUGUGGUGCGCUGAACUCUGCAGAUCGCAGCAGAACUGGGAUUCAGGGAGGCUCUCAGUCCACUCCCAAUACCCCAAAGAAAGAGCAGCUGCGCAGGGAGAGAAGAACUGCAUCUCCUGUUUGUACAUCGCCUCUUAGAAGAUCUGAAUCCCCAGCUAGCAUCACCAAACAAUUGAAUUUGUCUACUACCUCCAAGCUGGUGUCUCAGUUGCGUUCCCACUCUCCAAGCAACGCACAUCAGCGUCCUUACUCUCCGACGAGACGAUGUCCAGACCUGUCAGCUGAUGACAAGAAAGAAGACAAAACUAAGGUGGACAAAUCCCAAAGUGAGACCACUGUAAAAAAGAACAUUGACAUCAACAGCAUGCAUCCCUCACCAGCUGACAAAUCUCAUAAGAAGGAUGUGGUUGAUGUUGAGAGCUCGAAAAAAUGGCCAGCUAAGGGUGAAACACUUGAUAAGCGCACAGAAGGUAACACAUCUGAGAAACAUCAUUCACCCAACAGGAAGGAACUCAUGUCUCCAAAAGUGGACAUUGUCGCAAAAGAGAUGGAGGAUGAAGAGAUGAAAAAAGAAUCAGCACCAAGCGGGUCCACGAGGAAGGCAUCAGCUGGCACGACAAGUGCAGAGGAGGCCACCAGGCUGCUGGCAGAGUGCCGGCGUCAGGCUCAAGCUCAGCGAGAACUGGAAGAGAAAAGACUAGAAAAGGAGAAAGAACAGAUGUUGCAGGAAGAGCAGUUAAGGAAGCAAAUGGCAACAGGACAGCAACGUCAUGAAGCACCGGCACAACCAGCGAAGGAGGUGAAGAAGAAAGAAAAUGAUCCUCAAAAGGUGAAAGAAAAAGAAGAGGAAGAAAUGCAUGAGAGAGAGCUACAACUGGACAAAAAGCGAGAAAAAGCCAAAGUUCAGGCUCGAGAAAAUACAGAGCGCCAGUGGCAAGAACGAGAGCUACAAAAGCAUCAGGAAGAGGAAGAGAGGCAGCAAAGAAAAAAGAGAAUUGAAGAGAUCAUGAAGCGAACUCGGAAGACAGAUGCUGAUUUGAAGAAGGAGGAACAGGUGGAGGCAAAGUGCGUCCCACCCAAAGGAGAAGGAAAGAUGACUGUUCAGACUAAGACUCAGGUUAGCGAGCAAGUAAUCAAAAAUGUUCAUGCUCAGGUUAGGGAGCACGUCGCAAUCCAGGAGAGUGCAAAAAUGAAUGCUGGAGUGAAGAAAGAAACACCAGCACAGAUGGAGAAUCAUAAGAGUGUGAAAAUUAAAAGCGCUGAUCAAGCGCCAAACCUUAACAUCACUAAUAAGGGGCUGGACAUCAAAAAUACCAAUGACGAGCAUCGCAACCAACUUAGCAAAGAGGACAGAGUCGGUGCACUCAAGCACCACGGAGUCAAUGGGAAGGCAACUGACAAAAUAAGUAAAGAGCCAACAGCGAAUAACAAAGCCAAACAAAAGGAUAGUGAGAUGAAUGGAGUAAAUAAGGAUGAAGGAAGAACCUUGAUGAGUGACCGUGCUACUGAGGUAAGCAAACAGCAAAGCCUGCACAUAGCAACAGCUGAGGGAAAGGCCAAAGCUCUCAGAGCUGCUGUGACAGUCCUGUCGGUGGUACACCCGAUGCCUCCGGUCAUCAAACUGGAGCCACUUGAUGUGAGGAGCUCAGUGCCCUGUGAUGAUGUGCAGUCUAUGGAGGUCAGUCCAGCAGCUUCCAAGGAAGAACUGAUUUCUAUCCCAAAGUUUUCGCCAGUCAAAGAAGUUGAGCACAGCAGUCUGAGCAACGCCCGUGCUCUUGAAGACCUGAUGGACCUGACAGGACGUGUUGCCUACCCCAAACUGUCCUCUGAUGGCAACAUGGGCGACUGUAACAAGAACCUCAUUGAGGGUGUUGUUAGUCCCAUGUCAGAUUCAAAGAAUAUUGGGAUGUCUCCUCCAUCCUCAAAUAAACAGCAUCCAAUAGUUCAGUAAUUUAAAUUUCACAUUCUCAUCACCCUCUCUCUCCUCUUUCUGAAUGUGACCUCCUGUUUCACGGCAUUUAUGGGAUUUGAGCCAUAGAAAUCGAAAAGCACUGUACACUUGGACUUGCAAUAUGACUAAAACAUCCUACCACUCAAUACCAAA